AUGACAUCAAGUGGAGGUAAUACUGGCCCAAAACAGAUUUCCAUAGCUAGGAUCGAUGCUAGAUCAGUUGGGGAGCAGCUUGACGAAUGGGCUUGGGCUGCCAUAAGAAGAAAACGAACAGAAAUUCCCCAAGUAUCUCAAUUCAGAAAUCAAGCUCCUGAAAGAGUUUUUGAAAGGUUUGAUGAAACCUUAGAAAAAUACCCUCAGCGUGAGGAGCUUGUGGCAUGGGAGCAAAACCAUCAUGAGUUUAGCAUGAACAGAGAGAGAUAA